GUGAGCAUAUCCCUGUAUGCAUGGUGUGAUUGUUACUUAAUAAGUCUUUAUACAGACACUUGGCUUACCUCGAAAAUGCUGUCCAUUGCGGACAAGAGCGCUGCAUCGCUUCAACGUUGCGAUGCUCGGCGGAUGCCAUGCAAGCAUAGUAACUAUAUAGUGUCAAGCGCUCUUACGCAUAGACCACACGGACAGAGAUUAAAAGUACAGGCACGCGCGAGUGAUGACCUAUCGGAGGGGAGUUCCCUAGGCAGGGCGCUUAUUGACCGUCGGCGUCUUCUUGCUGGAGCAGCAGCAUCUGUAGUAACGUUUGUUGGUUGCCCCUGCCCACUCUGCAAGCCCGGGGAAGCAAAAGCCUCCAGCUGGAGCUAUGGCGAGAUAGCGGGCCCGCCGACGUGGAAGGGCGUUUGUGCGACUGGUAAGCAGCAAUCCCCAGUGAACAUUCCGGUCAACACAUCGGCUCCCAAAGUCGAGGCGGAGAUGGGCGAAUUCGACUUUGCGUAUGGCAGCUUCGACGGCUGCAACGUGCUGAACACGGGGCAUGGGACCAUGCAGGUUAACUUCCCGUCGGGCAACCUAGCAUACAUUGGCAACAUGGAGCUGGAGCUUUUGCAGUUCCACUUCCACGCGCCCUCUGAGCAUGCCAUGGAUGGCCGCCGCUUUGCAAUGGAGGCCCACCUCGUGCACAAGAACAAGGAAUCAGGCAAUCUGGCGGUGUUGGGUGUGAUGUUGGAGCCCGGCGGCCUCAUCCGCAACCCCGCGCUGCAGACGGCGCUGGAGGUGGCGCCCGAGGUGCCGCUGGCCAAGCUGUCCUCGCCGCGAGCCAUCAACCCGCUUAUGCUGCUGCCCAAGAAGACAAAGGCGGGGAGCAGGCCGUACGUGCACUACGCGGGGUCGCUGACCACGCCCCCCUGCUCCGAGGGGGUGGACUGGUUCGUGUUCAUGCAGCCCAUCAGGGUGCCGGAUGGCCAGAUCCUGGACUUCAUGCGCUACGUGGGCGACAAAAAGACCUACGCCACCAACACGCGCCCGCUGCAGCUGCUCAACAGCCGGGUCAUCGAGUACGAGCUGUGAGCUGCUGGGGGCAGCGGUGAUGUUGGGGGGGACAGGAAUGGGGGGGGGACGCAGCCCCCUGUUGGGCGGCAGCAAUGUGGCAUGGGGCAGCCUGGCAAGAGGAGGGGGUGGGCAGCUGGAGGGUCAGCGGAGCAGCGGCGGCAGUGUCUGGAGGAGGAGGAGGCAGUGCCCCCGGCUGCCGGUUACUGCGAGCGCUCGUUGCCUGGGGCGCGCGGCGAGGGGUGGUGGACCUUGAUGUCCCUGCCGCUGGGGAGAGUCGAUGUCUCGAAUUGCGACCCGCGCGGAACCGUUUGGGUCCGCGGGAACGAAGGGAGUUGCCUUAUUUUUGGCUCUAGGGGAUGGUCCUCGGUAGGAGAAGACACAGCGCAUGUCUUGUUGAUCUACCGUACCGCGGCGUAUGGCAGCAUAAGGACAAUGGAGUAGGCUGCAUGUGUGUCGGGGCGGAGAACGUGGCUUACAACUUACGAACAGUUACAUGUGAAGUUAUGCCAAGCACUUCGUUGCGGCUAAAGCGGGGAGGGGCAUGGAUGUAAUGCUAUCGUGUGGGACGCGGCUGUUGACGAUACCGGUAAAAGCACGGGCGCGUAGGUGAUGAAACAUGGGGUGGGUGUUGGGAGCGGACCUCGUGAUCUGGGUGCUUGAUGAUCCCCACCGUACUACCCGGG